GCCUGCCUGCCUGCCAUAGAAAUAUCCAUGACUGGUCUUUGUGAGUAUCCAGCAAAAGCCGCGCCAGAUAGCUUGUAUCUCGUCCCACUCUUCAUGGCACGCUAUCCGAUAAAACCAAAUCUUGAGCACGAAAUGACGUAUCUACCCCUACUGUACCGUCUCUCUCCCUUAAUCCCAUAACAUUCCUGAUUCCUUCACCAGUCCAGAGGACAAAAAAAAACAUCAAGAAUAGAAUACGACACGCGUGCUCGGCACUGAUUCUUCCAUCGAAAAUGGCCAAGACGUCGGCUUCCGUGACGACGUCGUUUCCGUCGAUAAAGCCUGGUGACUACGUCCACAGUCCUGUCCACUACGCCGUCGCAUUGGGGGAUCAUACUACUCUGUCACGACUUGUCUCUACCGUGCCUAAACUAGCCGAUCCUGGUCAGGUUAAGACGGAGUCGGAAUCACUGAGUCAGGAGAGAGUGGCAGACCAGAUCUCUGCUGUCUUUGACCGACGAGAUGUUCUCAACAGGGAGACACCUCUCCACCUGGCGGUACGACUCAAUGACUCUUUCGCCGUGAACACACUAGCUACUGCGGGAGCGGACUCGUCUCUCCAGAACUCCUCCGGAUGGAAUCCUCUCCAGGAGGCUCUGUGUCGGAGAAACUCCGAAAUUGCCUUGAUUCUCCUCCAGCUCCAUCACCGCUCAGCCUGGGCCAAGUGGCGCCGCCGCCUUCCUCGGGUGAUUGCGGUGCUACGCAGGAUGCGUGACUUCUACAUGGAGAUUUCAUUCCAUUUCGAGAGCUCUGUUAUCCCCUUCGUUGGCAAGAUUGCACCGUCUGACACGUACAAGAUCUGGAAACGCGAUGGUAAUCUUCGUGCGGACACUUCACUAGCGGGCUUUGACGGUUUGAAAAUCCAGCGGGCCGACCAGAGCUUCCUUUUCCUCGGAGACGGUGACCUGAGCCAUAACGUUCCCGCUGGCUCUCUACUUGUUCUCAAUCACGACAAUCGCACGAUUUUUGACGCGUUCGAAAACGCCGGAGCUCCAAUGAGCGAGUCGGACAUCGCCGGAUUUUGUUCUCAGACGAGCGUGUAUCGGCCAGGUAUGGAUGUUACAAAGGCAGAGCUGGUAUCUAGAACUAACUGGAGGAGGCAAGAGAAGACGGAAAGUGUCGGCGAAUGGAAAGCUAAGGUCUAUGAAAUCCACAAUGUGGUUUUCAGUUUUAGGUCACGUAAAGUAACAAACAGGGAAAACGACGUCGCAGGGAGCGAGCAAGUGCUUCCUUUGGAGCUUGACGAAGAUGAUGAUGGAUUUCUGGUCGCAGAGAAUCUGAAUUUCGAAGCUCCUGAUAAGAGGAGGCACAGUAGCUUUGUGAGGGAGGACAGGGAGUGGAUUUCAGUAGGGAGGAAGAGUGUCGAUAUAAUCCCCUGUUCUGCAGCUCCAGUUCCGCCGCGAAGAGCUGCGGUGGCUGUGGCACCGGCGCCGCAUUGCAAGGAGAAGGAAUACAUAAGAAGUUUGCGGCCGUCCGUUUGGUUAACGGAGCAGUUUCCGUUAAAGACAGAGGAGUUGCUGCCGUUACUUGAUAUUUUGGCGAACAAAGUGAAGGCAGUGCGGAGGAUGCGAGAGCUGCUCACCACCAAGUUUCCUCCGGGCACAUUUCCGAUUAAGGUGGCUAUACCGGUGGUUCCUACAGUGAGAGUGGUGGUUACAUUCACAAAGUUUGUAGAACUACAACCAAUUGAACAAUUCUACACUCCCCUCUCAAGCCCCAUCAAACAGAGCUACUCAGAAGAUGAUCAACACAAAUCAGACACCCAUUACUUAUCAUUCAAUUCAUCAUCGUCAUCCUCGUCGUCUUCUUCUUCUUCUUCAUCGGCUUGGCUAUGGCGAAACAACAGCCAGUCUGGGUCUGGGAGCAAACAGCAGCAGUUGGAUCCUUUUGUUAUACCAAGUGGAUAUAAGUGGACAAGCAUUGACGACAAAUCAAACAAACUGAAGAAAUCCAAGUCUACCAGGAAAUCCAAGUGAACCGAAAUUCAUAAAAUGAGGAUAUAAAAAGGAGAAAGUGAAAAACUUAUGGUAGGAAUGUAGAACAGUAGAAGGAAUGUUCAUGAAUGAAGCUGCAAGUGUUUUACAUCUGAGUUUGGAAAUACUGUGUAGAUAUUGUCCAUUUCUCAAUCAAUUUGGUCAAUUAAAGAAAUUCUGUUUGUGGGGAUUUGAUAACAUUUGCUCUGCUACUGAUCGACAUCAAUUUUUGCUCAUAUUUUUUUCUCAA